AUGUCGAGAGCUUGCUUCAAUCUCCGAGGAUGGGAAAGUAAUUUUCCAUGUAAAUAUAUGUGCAAAUCAUCUGGUGAAACUUGUGUUUUAGGUAUGCUAUGGGAUCUUGAUCAUGAUUCUCUAAUGUGUAAUAUUAAUUUCAAAAUGUUAACUUGUGAAACUAGAGUUACUAAAAGAUUAAUUUUGUCCCUUGUACAGCAAAUAUUUGAUCCCAUUGGUAUGUUAGUCCCAGCCACUUUACUCCCCAAACUUCUGUUACAGGAAACUUGGAAGAGUAAAAUUUCUUGGGACGAAAAACUACCAAGUUAUUUUAUUGAAGAAUUUUGCAAAUGGCUAACUGAUAUAUCUUUAUUUAAGAAUGUAAAAAUUCCACGUUAUAUGGUAAUUCUAGAAAUUUCUGAAUUUCAUGUUUUUGUAGAUGCUAGUAAAAAAGCGUAUGCAGCCUGUAUUUUUGUACGAUCUGUUGAUUCGGAUGGAGUAAAAGUUACUUUUGUACGGGCGAAAUCUAGAGUUGCUCCUCUGAAAACUUUGAGCAUACCGCGCAUCGAACUGAUGGCAUGUUGCAUUGGGGCAAGGUUGGCGGAUUCUGUUCGUAAUGUCCUUGACUUACCAGAUAUGAGAAUCACGUUCUGGACUGAUUCUUCAGUUGCUCUUUGGUGGAUCAAGGAGCAAGGAGAUUGA